UGUCAUUAGAAGCAUCAUCCUUCAAAAUUUCCCUAAAACCUCUGUACUGGGCAACUUUGGGAGAAGGGAGUGAGAACUGAGAGGGAGACGUCCAGCUCGAAGCCCCCAUAGUUCCGCUCGUCUUCAGGCUCGCUACUAGAAAGAAUAGGUUAAAGCCGGAGGUUAGGAAUGUCAUCGACGCUACUUGAGGUGACGCGGGCGUCGCACGAGGAGGUAGAGCGAUUCGAGCGGCUAAUCGUGAAGGAUCUCCAGAACGAGCCGACCACCAACAAGGACCGCCUCCACCAGAGCCACCGCGUUCGCAAUGUUAUUGAUCAAAUCAUUGAGACCACGCACAAACUCGUUGAUAUUUACGAAGAUAAAGAUGGUGCCAGGAAGGAUGAGAUUGCAGCCCUGGGAGGACAGGCGGACACUGUAUCUACGGUGUUCAGUGCUUUUUAUGACAGAUUAAAGGAGAUACGUGAAUACCAUAGACGGCAUCCUACUGCACGUGUUGUUGAUACCAGUGAUGAGUAUGAACAUCUUCUCAAGGAGGAGCCACAAGUUGAGUUCAGCGGGGAAGAGGGCUCUGGGAGAUACCUUGAUUUGCAUGAGCUGUAUGGUGAAUAUAUUAACUCCAAAUUUGGUGAGCCAAUUGAAUAUACUGCGUAUCUUGAGGUCUUCUCCAAACCUCAACUAAUUUCUCGUAAGCUGAAGUCAACAAGGCAGUACUUGGAGUAUUUGCAGAAGUUACUUGAGUAUUUGAUAUACUUUUUUCAGCGGACAGAGCCUUUGCAGGACAUUGAUAGGAUAUUUUCAAAGCUUGAUGGUGAAUUUGAAGAGCAGUGGACUAUUGGUAAGUUUGAAGGAUGGGAGAAUGAAUCUCAAGAAAAUGGUAGUGCUACAAAAGAUCAUACUGUGAUUGAUCUAGACUAUUACAGUACCGUUGAAGAGUUGAAAGAAGUGGGCCCUGAUAAGCUAAAGGAGGCAUUAGCUGCACUGGGAUUGAAGUCAGGAGGUACUGUACAGCAGCGUGCUGAAAGACUUUUCCUUACAAAGCAUACACCUGUUGAAAAGUUGGACAAGAAACAUUUUGCAAAAAAUUAUCAAGGUUCAGUGCAGAAUGGUGGUGUUUUUCUUCCACAUCUAACCGAAGAUGCAAAAGCUGUUGCAUUCAUGGAAGCAAAAAUAAGAAAGCUAUGUGAUCUCCUGGAUGAGACAAUUGUUCGCACUAAGGAAAAUGUUGAGAAGAAACAGGCUCUGACAUAUGAGGAAAUGGAGGCUGAACGGGAAGAGGAAGAUGUACAAGCAGAGUCAGAGAGUGACGAUGAUGAGCAGCAGAUUUAUAACCCCUUGAAGUUACCUAUGGGCUGGGAUGGGAAACCUAUCCCAUACUGGUUAUAUAAACUUCACGGCCUUGGUCAGGAAUUUAAGUGCGAGAUAUGUGGAAACCACAGUUAUUGGGGUCGUAGAGCAUACGAAAGGCAUUUCAAGGAAUGGAGACAUCAACAUGGAAUGCGAUGCCUUGGUAUCCCAAACACAAAGAACUUCAAUGAGAUAACAUCUAUUGAGGAAGCAAAACAACUUUGGGAAAGAAUCCAGGAGAGACAAGGAGUUAACAAAUGGCGCCCAGAUCUUGAAGAAGAGUAUGAAGACCAAGAAGGAAACAUCUAUAACAAGAAGACAUUUACAGAUCUGCAAAGGCAGGGUUUGAUUUAGAGCCAUUCUAUCACUAGAUGAGGACUUUACUGGAAAUGAGGAGUUCUGAACUUGAAGUUGCUAGUUAUGGUUUCCAUAUUUUCAUGUUUUGCUUUCAUACAUUUCCAAGUUCUGUUGGGUUGGGUUAGUGAUGUACAAGUAUUGCGCUGCGUAGCUUAUCAACUACGGAAGGACUGAGGCAGCAUGCAUCUCAUUAACAUAUGUUUUACCCUGCAAAGUUAUGUACACAAGUAUUAGUGAGACUUUGUAACAGAUGUUUACCCUGCAAAGUUAAGUACUAAUGUGGCAGUAAUUAGUACCUUAUAUUUCACUUGUAUUCCUUUGAUUAUAGUGGCAUUAACACAUGGUAUUAGAUUUUUAAAAUAUUCCAUUUAUUGAUUUGAGGUUUAAAUAAUUAAAUAUGUUUUUAGUCGCUACAAA